AUGAGUAAUAGAUUAGUUCCAUUAUUGUAUAUUAUUAUUAUUAUUGUUGUUACUGUUGGUGGUAAUGGCAAUGGCAUGACUGCUGCGCGAAAUACAAUUCAUACUAGAGCGUCACCAUCAAAAGUAUUAUUUGUUGCAUUUCCAUUAUAUUCCCAUUUGAUUAGUUUAAUAUCAGUAGCAAAACAACUACAAAACAUAAGUCAUCAUCAUUGUACAUUUGCUUUGUUUGAUGAACAAAUUGAAGUAUUAAAAUCAAAAUCAUCAUUUGAUAAUCAAUUUAAUAUCAUUAGUUGUGGUUCAUUAAAUGAUAUAAAAACUCAGCAUCAUAUAGUUGAAUAUGAAUCAAAUCUACAAUUUUUAAUUCGUUUUACAUUACCAUUAGUAUUAUCAAUUUAUGAACCAAUGUAUAAAUGUUUAAGACAACAUGUACAGACAAAUCACUAUGAUUUAUUUAUAAUCGAUGUGCUUUCGUUUGCUGCACAUGAUUUAGCUUAUGAAUCAAAUAUAUCGUAUGUGAUACAUUCUUGUAACAGUCAUAUUGGAGAAGAAAUAAAUGUACCCACAUGGAUACCAAAUGGACUUGAUUUAACAACAUUAACAGAAAUGCAUCAAUCAUACUGGACAAGAUUUCAUAAAAAAAUAAUUAUUCCAUUACAGAUUAUGUAUCAUUUAAAGUCACAUAUGGACGAUUUAGCUAAUAUUCGUCGACGAUUAAAUGUAAACGUUCCAUUUUUUCCACUAUUCAAUCGAAAUAAUCCAAUUAUUAUUCCAAAUCCGGUGGCUUUUGAGUUUCGGCGAUCAUAUAUUCCAAUUUAUCAUUUUGUAGGAUUUGUUAUUGAACCAUCAAAUUCACACUUAGAAUUGACGAAUGAUGAUUAUGAUAUUGAUAUGUGGCUAAAUCAAACGGAAAAUGAUAAAUUUGUUAUGCUUGUUGCGUUAGGUUCAGUUACAACUGUUAGUCAACGUAUUUGGAAUGAAAUAAUACAAACAAUACAUUUAGUCAAAAAUAUGCGAUUAUUAUUAGCUAUAAAUGAUAAAUCAAUCAAAAAUAUUUUACAGUCCAAUCCUAAUAUAACAUCAGAUCGUUUAUUAGCUAAAAAUUGGAUCAAUCAACAACGUAUAUUAAAUCAUAAAGCAAUUAGAAUAUUUUUUAAUCACGGCGGAUUACAUACUUUGGCAGAAUCAAUACAUGCACAUAUCCCAAUGAUUGUUAUGCCUAGUUUUGGUGAUCAAUAUAUAAAUGCAGCUAAAGUACAAGAAUAUCAACUAGGAUUAGCUAUUCAUCGAGAUACAAUUACAUCGUUAGAAAUUGCACAAAAGAUUCAUUAUAUAAUUGAUCCUAUUAAUUAUUCCACUAUUCUUAAACAAUUAACUAAAAUGCAUCAAUUAAGUGAAUUAAGUGGUGGUGCUUCUAGAGCCGCUGUGUUAAUCGAUAACUGGUUAUUAACUGGCUAUGAACAUUUAGUUACAUAUGAUAAUCGCUUAUCAUACUUUAUAGCUUCUGGUUUAGAUAUUCAAUUAACAUGGAUUCUAAUUACCUUAACCUUAACGUCUUUGUUUCUAUUUUUAUUAUGGUCAAUUUGUCGAUACGUCUGCGGUGGUAAAGAAACCUCAGCAGACGUCAAGGCAAAACAAUUCUGA